CACAGUAAAUCAAACCACAAAAAAACAAACCAUAAACGUCCUAAUGCAGACCACAAAUAUAUUAAAACAAACCAGACACCCCUCAAUGCAAACCACAAAUUUUUUGAAAACAAACCAGAAACUUCUCAAUGCAAACAACAAACACGAUAAAGCAAACCAGGAACUUCUUAAUGCAAACCACAAACACGAUAAAGCAAACCACAAAAGGCAUACAAAAAUAUGAGAAACCAAACCAUAAAUCUCACAAUGCAGACGAUAACAUUCGGUGGUCGUUGACCGUUGACCAGUCAACGAAGACCGUUGACCGGUCAACGAAGUUCGUUGACCAAACUCCGAUGACCGUCAGUGACCGGAUUCCGGCGCCGAUAAGCAUAUUCCGGCCCCGAUGACUAGAUUCCGACGCCGGUAAGCAUAUUCCGACCACGGUGAGCAUAUUCCGGCGACGGUGAGUAUAUUCCGAUGACAAAAAAGCAUAUUCCGGUGACAAAAAAAGCAUAUUCCGGCGACCGACGACCAGAUUCCGGCUAUCGGUGGCCGAAUUCCGGCAACCAAAAAUUUGGGCAGAAAAUAAAAAAAUAUUUUUUUUAUUAUUAUUUAAAUAUAUUUUUCAUAAUGAAAAUUUCACCUCUGCUUUGAUUUUACGUCAACUCAUCUAAUAAGAAGUUAUCACAAUCCUAGCUUCCUAUUGGUUGGGGGCUAGUGUUGUUACAAUAACAACACAAGGGGUGUUAUCACACUAUCUAGUCCCCGCAAACACAAGCCAGCUGUUGCUUCUUCUUUUGGCGCAAUUCGACAGUGACUACUCUUUGAUUUUCUCAGGAACCAAACAGAAAUCAAUCACACGGUGUGAUCUCCUUGAAUCCCUUUAUAGGCUCUCUCAAUGCUGGUUCGCGACACUCCGCCGCGAGAGUGUGAAAACCACACCAGAGCUCUCAAAUUUUGCAUGCGGUACUGAAUUUGGUUACAAUCUGAAGGGAGGGCAUAGUUUCUCGGAAUCAAUGGGAAGACGCUAAGUACGCGAGGGAAUUGGACGUAGCGGUUCCCGCUGUUCAUAUGGCUUGCGCCUCUCUGCCAGAGAGUUCAAGCAGGGUUGGUUUCUCACGGCACCGGGCAGGUCAAGUCUAAGGAUGAUGAAUCUCCUGUUACUGUUGCAGGUACUUUGCUGCAAUGGGUUCCAUAUCUUUGGCGGGGUUUGUCUUUCUGAAUUGAGUAGUUGUCAAGGCGAGGCCGUUGGUUUCCCCAUUUUCUGGGCUACGGGGAGGAUUCCCAUUUUCGGGGGUAGUUCCCUUUCUGGUGGUUUUUAGGUUUCGUAGUGUUGGUUGCCAAUAAAGUUCGUAAUUGGGUAUCAAAUGUGGAAUAUGAGUUGGUGAAAUGAUGGGUAAAGAUCAAUUGCACUGUAGUUAAUGGUUUCUUAAUGUCUAGGCUCUAUAGUGGAUUUUUCAAGAAAUUGCUGUUCUAAUCAUGAAAUGAAGGAAAUUUUGCUGAAUGGCCAUUCUUUCUAAUCUAUUACUAUCCUUUGGAAGACUCUGUAGCAGCGCUAAGAAAUUGUUCAUUUCAGAAUUACUGAGUUUUCCCCCCUUAUUACAUAACUAUCACCAUCUUUGAUCGAUAUUUCCAGCUCAUUAUGAAUUUACAAUGGUAUUGCGCCUAAGUUAUCCACUGAUUUCCGUCCUGUCGAAGCAUUUAACAGAUUGGAGUGUUCAAGCAGUAGUUAGUUGGUUACUGGCAGAAUCAUUCCAGGAUCAAAAUGUCUCCAUAGUUGCUGAAGAAGAUAUUCAAGCACUGUCAAAGGCUGAAUUAUCUGACUUGCUGGCACCCAUCACGAAGACUGUUAAUGAGAGCUUAGCCAAAGCACCAAAAUAUGGUCUCCGAAGUCCCAAGAAGCCCCUGGGAGCAUCCGAAGUUCUCGAGGCUAUCAGCAGAUGCAACUCAGCAGGUGGCCGUACUGGCAGACACUGGGUCCUUGACCCUGUGGAUGGAACGUUAGGGUUUGUUCGAGGGGAUCAGUAUGCUGUAGCUCUAGCUCUGAUUGAGGAUGGAAAAGUCAUGAUGGGAGUUCUAGGAUGUCCUAACUACCCUAUGAAGAAUGGUUGGCUAAACCAUCAUCGUCAUCGUUACAAUGAAAGCAUGUCUUCCACUGUUACUGACACACGGGAUAAAGGAUGUGUGAUUUAUGCACAGAAGGGCAGUGGUAAGGCAUGGAUGCAGCCGUUGGUCCACAAGAACAAGACGUUUGAAUGGCCAAACUCCGCGAAGCAGAUCAAGGUCUCAUCAAUUGAUGACCCCGGCCUAGCUACUUUUUGUGAACCAGUGGAGAAGGCUAAUUCAAACCACUCGUUCACUGCUGGAGUUACUCAUAGUAUGGGUUUCAAUUGACUGAGGGAAAUCAGGUAUUAAAUAUGCAAGAGCAGGUGAGGUUGGAGCAAUGUUCUAUGCAGCUGGAGUUUAUUCAGGAAUGGAGUCUCCAUCCAAAAUGGAAGGUUAAAUCUCUAACUGAGGGCUCCAUUUAGCUGUCUGUUUUACAUAAUAAUUUGUUCAUGGAAGGUUGAUCACGGUUUUCCUAUGAUUAGGACAUGAUUUUGCUAUUAUUAUUUGCAGGGUUGAUGCUAUUCUGAAAACUCUCAUGGGAGAAUCAGACAUAAUACCUUACAAAAUUCCAGUUCUAAUGCCUCUAAACCAUCAAAUUACUUUCUAAUUCUUGCUCAAUUGCUAAUUAGAAGGUAUAGUUUUUCAUUUGUGUCAAUCAUUGUGAGUCACCACAUUAAUCUAAACGCAAAAAAUGAAUUAAGCUCUAGUUAUUCUAAACUUGUAUGGUCAAUUUGUUAAAAUUCAAAAUUGGGUGGUUAAUUUGGUAAUCAACCCAAAGCUCAGUUAUCGGUUAUGUGUGAUUGGACCAGGAAGGAAAUCUGGGUCGAUCAGAUUGUCCAACCCCACGACAAACCGAGGGUCCUACUCUCUCCUACCAGUUUCAUGUAGGUCGUUGGGCAUACUGAACUCACCAUGCGUCACCGAGUCUAGAGCUCGAGCUUCUCUGGUACGAUAAGGAAGAAAAACAAUGGAGCUUACCGGUUCUUGUUACAGAAAGGGCACCGGACAUGUUCCACCUUGUCAUGGUUGCUUGAAGUAGUUCACAGGGGCGGCAAUGGAGGAAACACUUGACGGUAUGUAUAUACUCGUCUGAUGCUAUCAGCUUUUAGCUAUGUCGUAAUUGCUGGAUAAGGUAAACAAUCAAAUUUUCCAUUUCACUCGAGCGUUCUUUACUUGUAAUGAUGAUUUAGCGAGAACCGGUGAUGUCAUUGCUAUGCAUUGAUAGUUCAAGCGUAUGAUUCUGUAAAUAGCGUUUUACUGGUCUACUCUAGGUCGAAUUGGGAAAUUCCAUUCAUCAGAGUUAGGACUUUACUAACUUAGACAUUUAGAUUGAUAGUGGUAUCAUAGAUGCAGCUACUCUGCAGAGAAGGGAUGCCACAAUGUAGACACCAGUUGCAGAUAAUUUUCUCUUCUAAUAGUCGCCCCUAGAGGUUCACUCAUGCCUAGAAUUUCGAGGUUGGCCUCACCAGGGAGUAACCAGGUGAAAUGGGAGAGUAGAUUCUCAAGAGGAAGCUCGACAUUUGGUAUUCCAAAUGUUAUUCCAGGACACAUCCUUCUUCCCGGCCGCAAAUUGGAUUUUGUUCGAAGUUGUAAAAUGCCUAUCUAGAGUUCCAUUGAGCUUUUUGGUUAACUGAUUUCGUGUAAAUUAGAUUAUUGCUAACCAGAACUUUGAAUUUUGGUUUCCAAUUGUGAGCCUCGAAUAGGUGCAUAAUCCUAUCUCGAGUUCCAUUGGGUGCUCUGCUGACUCCUCUCAAGCAGUUAGCCUCACCCAUCCUUAUUAGCAGCUGCAUUCCUAGAUCUGUGGCGAUGAUGGAUUUGCG